AUGAUACGAUCCAAGCACCAGUUAUUUCAAGGUUCAAUCAAGAUACCGAAAAGGAACCUCAUAACAAUAAACCAUGCAUCUGUUACUUCAACUUCAAUUCCUUCACAGUUGCCAGAUACGCAUGCUCAUAUAAAUUUGAAUAAAACCAUUACCGAGCCUAUAAAUAUACAGCAAGCGCAACUUUUGACUCCUUAUCAAACUUUGGAGUUUGCAAAAUUUGAAAGUUUGGGAGUGCCACCGACAAUAUUAUCCAUACACUCACCGCCUUCUGUUCCGGUUUAUUUAAGACGAGGAUCACUACUAUCGAUAUACGGAAUAAAAACGGUACAAAAGUCAUCGUCAUUGUCAUCGUCAUCGUCAACUUUCUCAGACUUUUCAAGUACACCAACAAUCCGUAAUACAGUAGAAUUUCCGUUGUGGCGGGACAGAUUUAUCUUCAAUGGAGGUCAAAUUCAAAGCUAUCAAAAAUUGAUAUCAACUGUACCAUUUUCUAUGUUAGUUGGAAACAAAAACAGCUCUAAAUACAUGAAUGAAAAAAGUUUUGUAAGUUUGGUACUUGAUGGAUCAACAGACUGGGCUAUUUUAAACAAAGAUGCAAUACAAGCAUACACGGGUAAUGCUUUGUCUGUCACGAUGCACAGAUUUCCAAAAUACAUCUCGACACGCAUAGCGCGAUUUUUAGAAAUCGACAGGAUUGAAACAGGUCUAAGGUCUUUUUUACAUAGAGGAUACUUUCUAUUAAGUGGAAGAGGAAAUGUUGGCGUGGUUGGAAAUGGUGGAGUUUAUCAAUUGGCAGUGGGUGAAGGUGAAGAGAUAUUAAUCAAGAAGAGUGCUAUAUUGGGGAUCACAGUGAAUGGUCCUUUUGACUUGGAAAACUGCAUAUUGAAGCAAGAACUGCCAUUUGCAUCAAGUACUCAACCCCCAAGUCUGACACCAAACACGAGCGAAAAAAUGAAGAAGAAGAGGGAGGAGGAGAAUGAAGAGGCAGAGGAGGCAGAGAAGAGGAUUAAAAUUAAAGCUACAACAGAGAAACCUGUUUUAGUUCAACCAUCAGCGUGGGAUCAAAUAGUUGUGCAAGCGAAAAGGUUUUCAUGGAGGAUGAAUAUUAUUUGGAACAAGGAGAAAGCAUUUUUUACCACAGUUACAAAUAAGAUCAACAAUUUCCUUUUGGGAAACACUGAGUUUGUUAGAGUACUCGGUCCUCGAAAUAUAUUAAUUCAAUCAAAUACAAAUGAAAUUCGCAAACCUUACUUUGUAAGAUCUUCAAAUGAAAUGAAACGAUUAGAAAAUUAG